AUGUUAUCCAGAUCAAUUAUAAACAGAGUUGGGGCUGUUUCAAGAAGUCCGCUACUUGUGCGACCACUCAGUCAGUCAGGAAUUCUUUUACAACAAGCUGCUGCUGCUGCUGCUGCUGCUGCUGCUGCUACUUCAAAAACUCCUAUUGGUAGUGAUUCCAAGCCAAUAUAUAAACCACCGGUCACCAUAGACAGAGAGCUUCCAGACCCAUUUAUUAAGCGUAAUGAGAAUCGAAAAUACUUUGUUUUGUAUUCAAUUGCAUUGGUAGUCACAUGUGCUGUUAUAUUCAAUUACGAGAAAUCAUCAUCACCAAUUAUCAAUUCAACAUUGUAUUUUUUGAGAAGAUCGACGAUUGCUCAAGACGCCAUUGGUAAAAACAUUGAGUUUGCUAGUAGUUGGCCCUGGAUUUGGGGGACAUUAAAUACAGUUCAGGGUAAUAUUGAUGUUAAAUUUAAAGUUAAAGGAGAUGAACAAAAGGCAUGGGUGAUUUUAAGUGCAACUAGAGAAUCAAAGAUGCAUCCUUUCCAAGUACACAAGUUUGCUUUAGAAGUGGAUACUAAAGAUGCUAAAGUUGAAUAUAAUUUGAUGGAUGAUCCUGAGUUUGAAUUUGACUUGUAA